UGUGUUAGCCAAAUUGUCAACAAAAGAAACCUUGAGUCAGACCAUUGUGAUAUUACAUAUUAUAAAUCACAUUAUUUACAUGGAUCACAUGAAAUACAACAUUUACAAAUUCCAAAAAGUGAUAAGCAGAUGAUUGCUCCCAAACUAAUUUUAGGGGUUCCAUCUAAAGGGACACAAAAAGUGCGAGCAAACAUAGGUGAAGACCUAAAGAGAAAUGAUCUCCUUACAAGUACUGACAUAAGAAAUAUUGAGCGGGCAUAUAAUAUAGAUCUGAAAUAUGGAUUUUACCACAAAGAUGAUGCGACCAGUGUUAAUAUUUGGGUCAAACAAUGUGCUGAAGCUGAGGAUAAUCCACUGCUUUUUUACAAACAGCAAGGACAGUCAAUUGAGAACUUUGAACCAAGUGACUUUUGUUUGAUAAUAAUGACUGGUGUUCAGAGAAGUAUUCUAAAAGAGUUUGGGAAUCAAGUUAUCACAAUAGAUGAAACACAUGGGCUUAAUACCUAUGACUUUGAACUUACGACUUUGUUGACAUUAGAUGAGUUUAGACAGGGUUAUCCAGUUGCUUUUAAGUUCACAAAUUGUAAAGAUACUUCUGUUUAUCAGUUUUUUUUCUCUAAAGUGAAAGACGUUGUUGGUCUGAUUAAAAAUACAGUUUUCAUGUCUGAUAUCACUGAUAUAUACUAUAUGGCUAUAUAUCCCGACAGAAUUGCUCUUAUAUCAAAGUUCAAUUUAAUGCAAAAGGAUUUAUUCAAUUGGUCUUUGAAAAAUGACAGUAAUGAAUACAUUGUUACUAAACAAUCGGAAAAUAAUAAUGUGUGUUGUUCUAUAAAAUGCCCUUUUUGUAAUAUAUGUAUACACCCAUUCAAGUGUAGCUGCAUUGAUUUUUGCAUAAGAACAACUAUAUGCAAGCAUAUCCACUACGUAGCUAUAAACAGUGAGCAGCAAAAUAAUAAUAAUAUACCACUGGUCACCAGCCGGAUCAUAUAAUGAAAAUACUAAAGAAGUUCAGGAUUUGAAAUCACAGUUGUUUGUUAAGAAAGAAAGCAUUAAGGAAAAAAUAAAAA